CCGAUAACUAGUCUUCGCUGCAUCCCGUUAAUUCACGGAGAGAGUCUUAUCACGUGAUCAAAAGACAUUGUCAGCAGCCGAGACUUCAGCCGCUAGAGCGGGAUUUUGUGUCUCCAGUACAGGAAGAGAGUGGCGUGCUGAUUACGUUGUCGGUACAUGAAUACUCCGCGGGAAUACCGAGGUUGUAUCUGAGAGGAAGGCAGCUGAGUGUCAGCGAUUUGUCUUGGAAAAAUAUCAAAGGCACAUCGAUGAACAGAAUUCUCAGCAUAUAUGGAGGACCCACAAUCCAGCAGUCCCGGGAAAACCGGUGUGUUCAAAACAGAUACAGAUAAUACUAUGCAGAGACCUGACUCCAACUCUGUUCACCUGAGUGAAUGGCAAAAUAAUUUGUUUACUCUGAACUCUGGCACCUGCUCCCCAGGACAGAAGGCAGAUGCGUAUCGAGCACAUAUUUCACAGAUUCAGUAUGCAUGGGCAAACUCUGAGAUCUCUGAAGAAUCGGCUAUCCACCUGUUCAAGAAGUAUGCUGAAAGGUAUGCCGCCAUCACUGACUCUGAUAAGGAGGGGACUGGCCUAAAUAACUAUGCAGAUAGUGUAAUGGCUUUGGCCAGAUGUCCUCGAAAUGACAGUGACAAGUGGCAGUCCUCACUGACUUCCAGCAAUGUUUUAAAAUUGAAAAGUGUACAGGACAUGUUUAAUACAGCAAAGGCAUAUCAGGAGUCUCUGCUGACUUCAGACACAGUUUUCAAGAAGGUCGGCACCUUUUGUAAUUCAGCAGUUACAAAUGUCCUCAGCAGUUUAGAGCCAAAAGAAGCUAAACAUCCCUUACUGAAUUAUAAGAAUCCACAAGUAAGCUCAAACUUUGUUCAGAAUGCAAAAGCUGCCACAAUAGUGAAUGCCAGCGAACGUCCAUCUACUAGUUUUGUGCAAACUGCUGUAUACACCACUAAAACCACGUUGACUAAACCCCAAUUUGGGAACAGUGAUGCCAGAGAUUCUACAAAAUCGGAUAGCUCUGCUGGACAAAGUUCAUCUUUUUUAUAUACUUCUGCAAAUUCAGCAAAGAGAAAAAAAAUUCUUUCAUCCGGGUAUGAAAAUGUGGAGACAGAAAGCAGUCCAGGUCUGAAGCAGCCAGUAAGUGCACAUGCAUCAGCUGAAAUCGGAUUUAAAACGGCAAAAGAACAGUUGUGGGUUGAACAGCAGAAAAAGUAUAACAGCCAGGCUCCGCAGCCUGCAGGACCUGUAAUAUAUGGCACUGUUAAGAAGUCACUAGGUGCUGUCCGCUCCCGUGGACUGCAUGGAAAGUUUGUGCCUCCAAUUGCUAGGCAAGAUGAAGGUGAUAACUCUAUGGCACAGAAAAAAUCUUAUGACGCAGGUGGCAAUGAGACCAGUGUACCUUCUGAUGAACGCUUAAAAAACAUUGAGCCAAAGAUGAUUGAACUAAUCAUGAGUGAGAUUAUGGAUCAUGGGCCUCCACUAAAUUGGGAUGACAUUGCAGGUUUGGAAUUUGCCAAAACUACUAUAAAAGAAAUUGUCGUUUGGCCAAUGCUAAGACCAGAUAUAUUCACUGGUCUUCGAGGACCUCCAAAAGGCAUUCUACUGUUUGGUCCUCCCGGAACAGGAAAAACUCUGAUAGGCAAGUGUAUAGCUUGUCAGUCUGGUGCCACAUUUUUUAGCAUUAGUGCAUCAUCCCUAACUUCCAAAUGGGUGGGUGAAGGUGAAAAGAUGGUCCGUGCACUGUUUACUGUGGCGCGGUGUCACCAGCCAGCUGUGAUCUUUAUAGAUGAAAUCGAUUCUCUUUUAUCUCAGCGUGGUGAAAGUGAGCAUGAAUCUUCACGGAGGAUUAAGACAGAGUUCUUGGUGCAGCUAGAUGGUGCCACAACUUCCUCAGAAGACCGUAUCCUUGUAGUUGGUGCAACGAAUAGGCCCCAAGAAAUAGAUGAAGCUGCCAGAAGACGACUUGUUAAAAGGCUCUACAUACCACUUCCGGAGGCAUCGGCCAGAAAACAAAUCGUUGUUAGCCUAAUGUCUCGGGAGCAUUGCAACCUCACGGAACAAGAAGUGGAAUCAAUAGUCAUACAGGCAGAUGGCUUUUCUGGUGCAGAUAUGACUCAGCUGUGUCGUGAAGCUGCACUUGGUCCUAUUCGCAGCAUUCAAGCAAUGGACAUUGCUACCAUUACUGCUGAACAAGUCAGACCCAUUUCUUAUACCGAUUUCCAAAAUGCUUUGCAAGUUGUGAAGCCCAGCGUUUCUACAAAAGAUCUGGAAUUAUAUGAACAUUGGAACAAAACAUUUGGCUGUGGAAGAUAGUUUUUCCAAGAUACAAUGUGUUUCAAAAAAUCACUACCCAUAUUUUGUCAAGUGCAACUGAUUGCAGCUGUAAAUAAAAACAUAUUAUUAUUUGCUAUUAAUAGUGUACUGUAGAGUUGACCACUAAUUGAUAAGUCUGUAAACUGGUUUUGCAAACUAAAUAUAUGGUUUGGAGCUGAUGUAAACAUACCGGUAAGUUAUGGCAUGUAAAGUCUUUAAGAAUGUAUUAAAUGUUAAUCAGUUGUCAGAUAUUGUGUUUUCAUUAAAAUUGGAGACUUGAGUAUA